UGCUGAAAUCACAUGACUUGUCCAGUCUGACGAGCUCAGAGACACGGGUUCACAUACGUCUCGAGGCUUAUUCAAACAGCGUUUUGAACGCUAAUUCGGUGAUUUGAAACCAAAUAAAUUUUGGUUGUAGAAUAUCUAUUAGAGAAUAGGGUGAAUGAAACGAUGAUAGAGACUGAUGAAAUAAGCUGCGCCGAACAUUUCCUAGUAAUAAAGAUGGAGCAGCCUGAAAACAACCAGACCACAAUGGGACCAGAUGUGAAGCCGAAAACAUGCCAGACGACACCUAUACAAGAGAGGAUAAAUAAAAGACAGAAUCUGAAGGAACUGAAAGAAGAUUCUGUCAUUUGCCAUCAAUGUGGGAUGUGUUUCAUUGACCAAGCAAGUUUUAAGAAGCACAGGAGAAUUCACACUGGAGAGAAGCAUUUCACUUGUCCUCAAUGUGGAAAGAGUUUCACACAACAAGGACAGCUGACACGUCACAUGAAAAUUCACACUGGAGAGAAACCUUUCUCCUGCUCUGAGUGUGGGAUGAACUUCAUAGAAAAACACAAGCUUAAUAUUCACAUGAGGAUUCACACUGGAGAGAAGCCCUGCACAUGCCCUCAGUGCGGAAAGAGUUUCACACAACAAGGACAGCUGACACGUCACAUGAAAAUUCACACUGGUGAGAAACCUUUCUCCUGCUCUCAAUGUGGAAAGAGUUUCAUAGAUCAACGACAACUUACAGUUCACAUCAGAAUUCACACUGGGGAGAAGCCUUUCACUUGCCCUCAAUGUGGAAAGAGUUUCACACAACACGGACAGUGGAAACGUCACAUGAGAGUUCACACUGGAGAGAAACCUUUCUCCUGCUCUCAAUGUGGAAAGAGUUUCACAGUGAAACAAAGCCUUGAGAGUCACUUGAGAAUUCACACUGGAGAGAAGCCUUUCACCUGCCCUCAGUGUGGAAAGCGUUUCACAUUGAAACAAAGCCUUGAACGACACAUUAGAAUUCACACCGGAGAAAAGCCUUUCACCUGCUCUGAGUGUGGGAUGGGCUUCAUAGAAAAACAACAGCUUAAUACUCACAUGAGAAUGCACACUGGAGAGCAACCUUUCAUCUGCCCUCAGUGUGGAAAGAGUUUCAUUUUUAAACAAAGCCUUGAGAGACACAUGAGAAUUCAUACUGGAGAGAAGCCUUUCACCUGCUCUGAGUGUGGGAUGGGUUUCAUAGAGAUGCAAAAGCUUAAAAUUCAUAUGAGAAUCCACACCGGAGAGAAACCUUUCACCUGCCCUCAAUGUGGAAAGAGUUUCAGAGUAAACAGGAGCCUUAAGAGACACAUGAGCAUUCACACCGGAGAGAAACCUUUUGCCUGCACCCAGUGUGCAAAGAGUUACACAGUGAAACAACACCUUGAGAGUCACAUGAGAAUUCACUCUGGAGUGAAGCCUUUCAUCUGCUCUGAGUGUGGAAAGAGUUUCAUGGAACAACGACAACUUCUAAUACACAUGAGAAUUCACACUGGAGAGAAACCUUUCUCCUGCUCUCAAUGUGGAAAAACUUUCAAACAACAAGGACAGCUGAAAUGUCACAUGAGAAUUCACACUGGAGAGAAGCCUUUCUCCUGCUCUCAGUGUGGAAAGUGUUUCACAGUAAAGAGUAACCUUGAGAGUCACAUGAGAAUUCACACUGGAGUGAAGCCAUUUUCCUGCUUUCAGUGUGGAAGGAGUUUCAUGCAACAAGGACAACUUCAAAUUCACAUGAACAUUCACACUGGACAGAAGCCUUUCAUCUGCUCUUAUUGUAUGAAGAGUUUUACAUUGAAACAUGUCCUUGAGAGACACAUGAGAAUUCACACUGGAGAGAAGCCAUUCACCUGCUCUGAGUGUGCGAUGAGCUUCAUAGAGAAACAAAAGCUCAAGGUUCAUAUGAGAAUUCACACUGGAGAGAAGCCUUUCAUCUGUUUUCAGUGUGGAAAGAGUUUCACAGUGAAUAGGAGCCUUAAGAUACACAUGAGUACUCACACCGGAGAGAAGCAUUUCACCUGCUCUAAGUGUGGAAAGAGUUUCACAAUGAACAGCACCCUUGAGAGACACAUGAAAAUCCACACUGGAGAGAAACCUUUCACCUGCCCUUAUUGUAUAAUGAGGUUCACAGUGAAACAAAGUCUUGAGAGACACAUGAGAAUUCACACUGGAGAGAGGCCUUUCACCUGCUCUCAGUGCAGACAAAGUUUUAUGCAGCAAGGACACCUUCGAAAUCAUAUAAGAAUUCACACUGGAGAUAAGCCUUUCACCUGCUCUGAGUGUGGAAAGAGUUUCACAGUGAACAGCACCCUUGAGAGACACAUGAAAAUCCACACUGGGGAGAAACCUUUCACCUGCCCUCAUUGUAUAAUGAGGUUCACAGUAAAACAAAGUCUCGAGAGACACAUAAGAAUUCACACUGGAGAGAGGCCUUUCACCUGCUCUCAGUGUGGACAAAGUUUCAUGCAACAAGGACACCUUCAAAGUCACUUGAGAAGUCACACUGGAGAGAAGCCCUUUGUCUGCUCUGAGUGUGGAAAGAGUUUCACAGUGAAACAAAGCCUUAAAAUUCACAUGAGAAUUCACACUGGAGAGAAACCUUUCACCAGAGUAGUGGAAUCUCCUCUACCGUCACCUGUAUGCAGUAUCAAUCCAAAUAAAGCAGUUACAGCGUACCCGGACAACCCCCCUGCCCCCAGCUUUCAGAGGAAAGACAUGUAGUCAAUCAGUUUAAAUGAUUAGGAGGCCAUGACUCUAAAGAAGCCAGUGGGACAAUUUGGCAAAACUGCGAUGCCACACAGCAAAAUCCCCAGAGUUAAAUCCACUCUGCUCAGAGUACAUAUGGUCCCACUCUAGAGUGUUAAAGUAACACUGAAGCAGAAUUAAAGUUAAUGAGAUAAUUAAGCAAUUAAUUAAGUGAUGAUUGAGCAUUAGUGAUGAACGCCUGCUGUUAACAAUCAGAAUCGCUGAAGAAAAAAGAAACACAAGAACUACAACUGACUUCAGCCACAGCCUUAGAUGAAAUCAACUGAAGAUAAAAGAAGACAUUAAGGCAGGGAUGGGCAAACUCGGUCCUGGAGGGCCGUUGUCCUACAGAGUUUAGCUCUAACCCUUUUAAAACUCAACUCAGUCUUUAAAACAGACUGUAGCCUUCUAGUAAUCCUAAAGACAGUCACAGUAAAUUCCCCAGUGUUAAAUUUACACCGCUCAGUGUUCAAAUGGGAACCACCAACAGGUGUUAAAAGUAACACUGAAACAGUGUUAGAGUUAAUUAGAUACUUAAGUGAUUAAGUAAUGGUUAUUCGAUUAUUGAAGACACCUGAUGAUAACGAGCAGAAUCACUGAAGGAAAGAGAGACACAAGAACUAAAAUUGACUUCCAGCCACAGCCUUAGAUAAAAUCAACUGAAAAGAGAUUUAAAUCUGUCUUAUUACAAACCAGACUGACUUUAUUUCAUUUGUCUCCAGUUCUUUUGGAGAAUUAACAGAAGUUUAAGUGUCAAUGUUUUAUUGAAAAUGUUUGCUCUAAUUGGUCAGUUUGCAGUUUUUAUAACAGCAUUUACACAUAAAACACAAUUUGUUGUAAAGGCAUAAACAAAGGCUUAUAGUUGAUAUAGCUUUCAUCAUCAUAAAGAAAAAAAUAUUCAGACACAGAUAUAAAGAAUCAGUAUAUGAAUCUCAACAAUGGUGACAUGCCUCAUGCUGCAAUGCAUGCUGCACCAUAGGAUAAAACUCAUGACUCCCAGCAUGCAUUGCGGCAUGAAAUGUCACCAUUGUUGAGAUCCAUAUGCUGAUUCUUGAUGUUUGUCUAAAUAUCUUUAUUCUAAAUGCAUUUAAACAUCAGAAUUUAGAAUGUUUGAUUUUUGGUGGAAGUCUAUUAAUAACAAGUAACCAUUUUUGGUCAGUGAUAACAUGAAUCAUUUUUCUUUGUGAUGAUGAAGGGUAUAUCACCUGAUCAUCUUUAUGGCUUUCUUUGCAACAAAAUAUGUUUUAGUAAGCAUUACUAUAAAGACCACAAACUAACAAAAAACAAAAUCAAACUGCCCAACUAAAGCAAAUACCGAUCACCAUAAUGAUGACCAAACAUUUUCAAUGACACCUAAAUCUCUGUUAAUUCUCAAAAUAAAAACUGUAGACAAAUGACAGAAAUAAAGUCAGUCUGGUUUGUAAUAAGAGAGAUUUGAUGUCUUUUCAGUUGAUUUAAUCUAAGGCUGUGGCUGGAAGUCAGUUGUAGUUCUUGUGUUUCUCUUUCCUUAAGUGAUUCUGCUCGUUAUCAUCAGGUGUCUUCAAUAAUCGAACAAACAUCACUCAAUUACUUAAGUAUCUAAUGAACUCUAACACUACUUCAGUGUUACUUUUAACACCUGCUGGUGGUUCCCAUAUGAACAAUGACAUUUACAGCAGCCAUAAACCCGAGAGCGCAGCUCCGUUGUUUCAUUCAUUAAGCACAAAUAAAAGCCUGACAACGCUAAAUGUUCAGUUUUCUGAUAAUAUAAUUCACGUGUUAAAGUGUGGCAAUAUAUUAAAUUCAAUAAUUUUAAUAAUAUUAAUUAUAAUAAUACCAACAGAGUUGUCUGAUGCAAGUAAAUGGUGCUCUAAUAAUUUUAUGGUUUUUAUACUGUUUAUAUGGCAGAAUAUAUGAUCAUUUAAUAUAUGCUAUAGGCUUAUAUAUAAAAAUCUUAGUAAAUGGACUUUAUCUUCCAUAAACCUAUAGAGAGCUGGUCUGAUUUCAAAUAUUCCGACAUGCAAAGUGAAGCAUUCAUUUGGCUGGAAAGAAAGUGAGACUUUGCGCUGCGUACUCGAUACAAGUGUUUGCUUUAGUUGGGCUCUUGCCCCUUAUAUUUUUUUUUGCAAUUGCAAUAGUGCAAAAGAGCAGAUCAGCUUACAUAUUCUGCUUGUAAAACUUUUGAAUAAACAUGCCUUUGUAAUGCUUCUCUGUUAUUUCUCAGUAAGUGCUUCUGUGGACAUAUGACAGAAAUAAAGUCAAUCAGGUUAGUAAUAAGUGAAGCUGGUAAUGCUGUUUGUGGAGUUGUUUAAUCAUCCUCUGCUGAGAUUUAAUGUCUUUUAUCUUAAGUUGAUUUCAUCUAAGGCUGUAUCUGAAGUCUGUAUCUGAAGUCAGUGGUCCGCAAACUUUUGAAAUGCAUGUGACUUGAGACUGAGCUCUAAUCAGGGCAGACCCUCCUACUUUUGAUUUUAUCAAAUCAAUAUUGUUUUUAUAUUUUUUGGCCUCAUGUGAUUGGACCAUUCUCUAUUCUCAAGUAGGUGUAAUAUCUCUUUCGAGAUGAAAGUAAAUUAUCUUUAUAAAAAUCCUUUCACAAGGCGUUCAAAUGAAGAAGAAAAAAAAAGAUCAUGGUCAUGGAGCUUAGAUGGAGUUGGCUAAAUGGAUGCGAUGUAAGUCAUGCCUUUUAUUGUUCUCCCCGCUUGCUAUUUCAAAUACCUGUCAACAAAGAGUUGUGGGCAUCGACACAGAAGGGGUCCAAGCACAAUGUCUUGUGUACAGAAUAUAGUUAUACAAUGGACAUGUCUCUUUUCAAAUAAAAUAUGAGUCUUUAAGUGUC